ACAACGGAACAGAAUGGCGGAUGAUACAUUUGGAAUUCCUAUUAUUGAUUUCGGUAUUUAUGGCCUUCAAAACGAUGAAAGUGGACCUUUGAGUGAUGGUCAGUUGCACGAUUUAGCUUCAGCGGUAUAUAGAGCAUGUACCGAGGUGGGAUUCUUGUACCUAAAAAAUCAUGGUGUUGAUAUGCAACAGGUAGAGAAAAUGCGAGGUGUAUCGAAGGCAUUCUUCCUACUCCCAGAGGAAACUAAGAAACGUUACGCUCGAGUAGACGGCAAUGACUUUGGUUAUAUUGCUAAAGAAGUUGAGCGACUUAAUCCUGAAAGAGAAGCUGGUGACCUGAAGGAGGCCUUCAAUAUAACUCCUAACAAUGCUAAAGCCAAGAAAUGGCCCGAAGAAGAGAUCCCUGGAUUCAAAGAUGAGGUUAUGACGUUAUUCAACCAGUGCAACAAGCUAUCAAUAAGGAUAUUGGAAGUUAUGGCCAUUGGAUUAAAACUGGAUCGAGAUGCUUUCACAAAGUACCACACUCCCAAUAACAUAUGCGCCACUACGAUGAGAUCUCUUUACUACAAUACUCUCCAAGAGGACUUCAUCCCAAAGGCGGGCCAGGUGAGAUGCGGGGAGCACUCGGACU